AUGAAUUAUUUUUUAGAGUUCACAAGGUAAUAAGUGAGUGAUCGUUUUAUUAAUGUCCCAAAAGUUUGUAAUGAAAUAGGAACAAAAUGGUUGAUUGGUUAUAAUCAUUUGAUUGAAAGUGAUGAAGAUUAUGAAAAAUAUAAGGAAGGCAUAAAUUAGGAUUAAGCUUAAGAUUUAUUGAUUUAAGAUAUCGAUACUUCGAAAAUUGUACUUCAAUAUGAGUUUGAUGAAAAAUAUGGCGAAUAAGCAUUUUAAUAAUUAAAUUUAGGAUGCUAAUAUCUACUUUUAUCAAUUAUGAUUAAUACAGGCAGAGUUUUGCAUUAUUCUAAAUUGAUUUAAGAAUGCUAAAAUAACAAUUUCUAUAAAGCAUUGUAAUUUAAUAAAAGAAAGCACAUUAACAAUGAAAAUUAAAACAAUAUUUUAUAAGUAAAAUACUUGGAGGAAAAAAAGUUUUUCGAAGAACAUUUUGAUGAAUAAGGAAAUGGAAAAAAACAAGGUAUUUGGAAAUUGGAAAUACCUUAAGUAAAUGAAGAAGAUCUAGCAAUAGCAACUGAAAUAGUUAAUGAUAGAUAUUAAACAUUGGAAUUAUUUUUAAUAUUUGCUAUUGAUACUAAUUUAGAAUCUUGUAAUCAUAAAAGUGUUGAAUGGUUAGAAUUUUUAAGAGAUUAAGAAGGAAGAAAAUAUGAUUUGAUCAGCUAUAAUCAGGAAUAAAAUAAAUGGUAUCCUGUAAAUGUAAGUGAUCAAGAAUAUUAAAUAAUUGGAUAUUCUCAUAUAUGUAAUCCAAAAGAAGUAUUAGCAUAUAAAAAUGGUUUAACAGAUGGAUAAGUUAAUUAUUUAUUUAUGGCUGAUUAUGAUUCAAAUUGCUUAAAAUUAAGAAGAUUUUUAAAAUAAGAAUAUCCGACUGCAAACUUUGACGAUCUUACAUCAUAAGCAUAAUUAUUAUUAAUAGAUUUAUCUUUUAGAAAUUGGCCAUUAGUAUUAUAUAAAAAAUCAAUUGAUCUUGCAUUAGAAAAUAAAAUAUAAGAAGCUAUUUUAGAGAGUUACAUAUAUUAUAGACCAAAUGAAAAAGUUAAUGCUCAUUAUUUAUGUAGACAAGAUGAAAUUAAUGCAUUCCUAAAUAAAAUUUCAUCUACUUAUAGAUUUUAACCUAAAAUUAAUAAUAAUUUUUGGUAAAAUCCUAAUUUAAAUAACAUUGUUGGUGUUAAAAUUACUGAAAACAAUUUUAGUUUUGUUCUUGAUGAAUAAGCAUAGACUAAGAUAUAGAUAUCAGAUUUAAUAACAUUUUUAAAAGUUUAUUAUGAUCCAUAAUUUGCAGAAUAUUAAAUUGAUAUGACAUUUUCAUUAGAACCUGAAGAAAAUGAUUAAGAAAUGAAUCAACCUUUUUAAUAAAAGAUUUAUUUUCCUUAAUAUUUAGAAGGAACAACAGUUGGAGAAGUAUUAUAUUAAGCUGAUUUUCUUUUAAAAUAAAUGAGUUUAGGAAUAGAAGUCUUAUAAAGAGAACCAUUAUAAACUCGUCCUUUUGAAUAUGGAAAUUUAGAUAUAUAACCAUUAUAUAAGUUAGAUCCAGAAUAUUUUGCUAGAUUAUUCCUUAAAAUUGGAAAAUUAAAAUUAAACAUAAUAGAAGAUAAACACAAUCAUAUACACAAAUUAGUAAUUGAAAAAAUUGAUAUGGCUGUUGAUGCAAAAGUUGUAAAUGAAUAAUUAUAAGAUGAAGUUAUAUAAGAUGAAAAUAAUGGUGCAUAUAGAUUUGCUAAAUAAUUUGCUAAAAUUUAUGAUUCAAUAGGAGAAAAAUAUCCUGUUCUAUUUAGAUUAAGACAAGUUUUAAUGGCUAAUUAUUUAGCUAAAUAUAUGUUUGAAAAAGGAAUUCCAAUGAAUUAUAAAUUUAUUGAAGAAAUAUUUAAUUAGAAUCUCAUUCCAAAUUAUUAACCUUUUAAAAGUCCAAAUUUAAAAUUAAAUGUAGAAGAUGAUAAAUAAAUCAUUGAUAUAAGAGGAGGCAUAGAUGGUUGUACUGAUGAGAUAAAUGAUGAAUUGAAGAAUAAGACACAAGAAUUAGAAAAUGAUCCAAGUAAGCAAAUUGUAGAAUUGAAUUAAGAAAAUUUAGAGGCUAAAAUAUAAAGAAAUGAUAGUCUCGAUAGUUUAUCAACAUAAGAAUCCUUAGAUACUAGUUUAUUAUAAUAAAAAUAAUAAUGUUAAAAAUGUAAAUAAGAAUUAGAAUAAUGUGAAAUAUAAGUAGAUGAAGUAAAUAUCAUUUGUUAAAGUUGUAAAGGUUAAAAAUGUUCUAAAUGUUAAAAGUUUUAUAAUAAUACUCUGUAAUAGAUUGAAAAUUAAAUUUAUUGUAAAGAAUGUAUAAAAUGUCAUUAAUGUAAUAAAUUAGGACCAAGAUCAAUGUCAGGAUCAUUCUUUUUACAUGAUAAUUGUAUUGAAAUAUCAAAAAAUUCAUCAUUAAGAAAGGAACUUAUUGCAUUUAUCAAAUUGAAAUUUGCAACAAAAACAAAAUAAGCAGAUAAUAAUAAUAAAACAAUUUAUUUUUAUUGUGAUCCAUAUCCUUUUCUAAAUUUACCUAAUUAUUUAGGAUAUAUUAUUGGUUAUAAUCAUCCACUUUUUAAAGAUAAAACUUAAAUUGACCCAAAGAAACAUAAAAUAACAUAAGGUUAAGCUGAUAAAUAUUUAGAAACUGAUUUAGACUAAUUUGAAAUACAAUUAUAUGAAUUCUAUUAAAGAAAUAAUAGAAAAAUUGAAGAUAUUUCUGAAAACAUACGAAUGUUAAUGUUGGCAGUUCUUUUUAUUUUUAAAGAUUUUGAAACUGUUUAGAACUUAGCAUUUUUAUAAACAUUUAAUCAUCUCUAUAAGGAAAUUGAAAAAUUUUAAUAUCCAAAAACAAAAGGCCCUAAUAUUUUGAAAACUCAUAUUGAAAAAGUUUUAGAUUUCUUUAAAGAUCGUUUUCAUAGAAAAGAUGGAACAGUUAGAUAAUAAAAUUUUAUAAAUGAUAUCAAGAAGAUCCUUCCCACAAAAAAAAGAAAUUGA